GAGGAGGCAAGCUGAGCUCCUCCGGGAGGCGAUUUUUAGGAGGACUCAGAGCGGGAUACCGGAGCACACAGGCUGACUCUUCUCGCCUAACUACGUCGGCGGAAGAAUUGAUGCUUUUGAACUGUGGUGUUGGAGAAGACUCUUGAGAGCCCCUUGGACUGCAAAGAGAUCCAACCAGUCCGUCCUAAAGGAAAUCAGCCCUGAAUAUUGAUUGGAAGGACUGAUGCUGAUGAACUCCAGUACUUUGUCCACCUGAUACGAAGAGCUGACUCAUUUGAAAAGACCCUGAUGCUGGGAAAGAUGGAGGGCAGGAGGAGAAGGGGGCAACAGAGGAUAAGAUGGUUGGAUGGCAUCACCGACUCAAUGGACAUGAGUUUGAGUCAACUCCGGGAGUUGGUGAUGGACAGGGAGGCCUGGUGUGCUGCAGUCCAUGGGUUGCAAAGAGUCGGACAUGACUGAGCUACUGAACUGACUGACUGAUCCUCUUUAAUGAAAUGUCUUUUUAUACCCAUUUUAUAAUACCCAGACCUAUUUUAUAACUGGAUUGCUUAUUUUGUUUUGUUUUUUUCUGUGCGAGAUUUUUAUUUGUUGUUUUUGCUUCAUUUUACUGUUGAGUUUAGAGUAUAUAUUCCAGAUACCAGUUCUUUAUGGGAUAUAUGUUUUGCAGAUAUUUCCUCCCAUUCUGUGACUUGACUUUGCUUUUUCUUAACAAGGUGUUUUGCAGAGCAUAAGUUUUGAAUUUUGUUUAAAUCCAAUUUAAUCAAUAUUUUCUUUUAUGGAUUGUGAUUUUGGUGUGAGAUAUGAGAACUCUGUGUGUAACUCGAAGGCGUGAAGAUCCUCUACUGUAUUUUCUUCUAAAAGUUUUACGAUUUUGCAUUUAUAUCAUUUUGAGUUCAGGUUUGUGUAAGAUGUGAGAUUUAGGUCUAAAUGUUCUUUUUUGUUGAGGACAUCUAAUAGUUUCAACACCGUUUAUUGAAAAGACCAUUCUUCCUUUGAACUGCUUUUGCACUGUUGUCAAAAAAUCAGUCGGGUAAAUUUUUUUUUUGGUCUCUCUUUGGACUUUUUUUCUUGCACUGACAUUUGAGUCUGUCUCUCCUCCAGUACCUCACUGCCUUGGUUACUGUAGCUCUGUAAUAAGUCCUAAAAUUGAGUAUUUGAUUCUUGCAAUUUUAUUCACCUUUUCCAAUAUUGUUUUAGUUAUUCUGUCUCUUUUGCCUUUUUAUAUAAAUUUUAGAAUCAGCUUGUCUAUAACUACCAAAAAAAGACUGUUGGAAUUUUGAUAGAAAUUGUGUUGAACAUAUAGAUGAAUUUGGGGAAGAUUUUUGUUGAAUCUUCCACUCCAUGAACAUUGUAUGUUUCAUCAUUUAUUAGGUUGUUUUUGAUUACAGACCUCUGAACAUGUUUUGCUGGAUUUAUACAGCAAUGGAGUAUUCUUUUUUGGGCUGAUUUUAAAUGAAAGAACAUUUUGAAUUUUCCUUUCUAGUUGUUCAUUGUUAAUGUGUAGAAACCACUGACUUCUUUUGUUUGUUAAAUUUUUAAUAUCCUAGUAGUUUUCUUUGCUCUAAGGUCUAUUUUGUUUAAAUGUUUAUUGAACAACUGAAUGUUUUGCUGCAGAGUAAUUCAUGAAGUAGGCUCUUGUGUAAAUUGGAACUUGUAAACUGGAUGACUAUUUAUUUUAGGAUAUAUAUAUGUAUUAUACAUUAUAUAUAUAUUAUAUAUACAUAUGUAUACAUUAUAUAUAUAUAUGCACAUUUUUUACCUCUGUAAAGAGUAUUGAGCGUAUGUAUAAACCAAUUUCAUGUAGCCAACAUGAAAGUAAGAUAAUUUGAACUAGUUUUGAUAAAUAAUCUCAAAAUUAAUAUUACCCUAGCUUAAAAGGUAAUGUAGUUUUAAUUUGAAUGUAAUUUUUAAUAAUUUUAUACAGCAUUAUAUGGAUAUAAAAACAAAUGCAUGAAAAACUUUAACAUAGGCAUUACUUAUUUUUGCUAAUUAUAAUUUCAGGAAUGUCUGAUUAGAGUUAGAUAGCAGACUGCAAGAUUUUUUUUUUAUAAUUUAGCAUAAAAUCCAAAAUUAAGGAAAAGACCCUUUUGUUUGUCAAUUGUAAUACAAGAUUGCCAUAUAAAAUAGUUUCUUCAGUUACAUGCAUACCAGGGAUUCACACUGUACAAUGCUUUCUUUAGACGUUUAGUUUUCUUUUUUCAGUUUAUCCAAAGAAUCAGCUCAGUUGGAUUCUACAAAUUAAACCAUGGGUUUUCAAUGAAAACAAAAUCAUGUGGUUCAAAUCCUAUAGCAUGACUUUUGCCUGCCUGAAUUGGAUGAAAAAUUAUAGGCUCCCUUGGACAAGACCAUACAGUACUUCGCGGACCACUGUAGACAGUAGUGAGGUGAAGACCUUCCUGGCCCUGGCUCACAGGUGGUGGGAUGAGCAAGGAGUUUAUGCGCCUCUUCACUCUAUGAAUGACCUAAGGGUGCCGUUCAUUAGAGACAAUCUCUUAAAAACAGUUGCUAAUCACCAGCCAGGAAAACCUUUGUCUGGGAUGAAGAUUCUUGAUGUUGGUUGUGGUGGUGGAUUGUUAACAGAACCUCUAGGGCGGCUUGGGGCCUCAGUCAUUGGAAUCGAUCCUGUGGAUGAGAACAUUAAAACAGCACAGCACCAUAAAUCAUUCGACCCAGUCCUGGAUAAGAGGAUAGAGUACAGAACGUGUUCCCUGGAGGAGAUUGUGAAAGACACUGUGGAAACGUUUGAUGCUGUCAUAGCUUCUGAAGUUGUAGAACAUGUAGUUGAUCUAGAAACCUUUAUACAGUGCUGCUUUCAAGUGUUAAAGCCCGAUGGUUCUUUAUUCAUUACUACAAUCAACAAAACACAGCUGUCCUAUGCCUUGGGAAUUGUUUUUUCAGAGCAAAUUGCAGGUAUUGUGCCAAAAGGUACUCAUACCUGGGAGAAGUUUGUUUCACCUGAAAAGCUAGAGAGCAUUCUGGAAUCAAAUGGUCUGUCAGUUCAAACUGUGGUGGGAAUGCUCUACAACCCCUUCUCAGGUUACUGGCAUUGGAGUGAAAACACCAGCCUUAACUAUGCAGCUCAUGCUCUGAAAUCCAGCCUCCAGGAACACCCAGCGCCUGCCGAGUUUGCUUUAAAGGGGGAAACAGAGGCGCUCCAAGCUGAAGCCUCCACCAACCCAGGUGUGCAGGAAGAGCUGAAGAAAUGAACUGUUUCUAAGGGCUAUAGUAUAAUGGCUUGAAAGUCUGAUGUUUACAAAUACACAAAAUAUAUACUGUUUGUUUUUUGACAGGUUCUGAAAGAAAAAGUCAAUAAAAAGGUUUAAAACCUUAGAUAAAA